AUGGCGACCGACUAUAGCAAGAAGACCAAUGCCGAGCUGGUCGAGAUCUUGAAAUCACGAUCGCUUCCCCACACUGGCAAGAAGGCCGAUCUGGUCGCGCGCAUCCAGCAGGACGACGAGACCAAGUCCGCGGAAGCUGCUCCAGCUCCAGCUGCCGCUCCCGCUGCUACCGAGACCACUAAGCCCGACGCUGCCGCCGACGAUGUCAUUGACUGGGACGAUGAUGUUCCCGCUGAGACCGCCCAACCUUCUACGGAGGCUUCCGCGACUGCCAUUGCUGCUGGCGGCAAGGGCCCGGUGGCCAACCCCGUUGCCGUCCCGAACCAAGAGCUCGCCAUCGACCCUGCUACGACCAACGACUUGAAGGUGGAAUCGGCAGGUGGUGCCGAUACUGCGGCUGCACCCGAAGCUGAGACUGCGCCCGAGGCCGAGAAGAAGCCUGCUGUGGAUUACACUCGUGGUCUUGCAGCAACCGACCUGGAGGCAGAAUUGGCGAAGCGCAAGAAGCGCGCUGAGAAGUUUGGCAUCGUUGAAGAUGAUGAGACUGCCCUCAAGGAGGCUCAAAAGCAAUUGGAUCGGGCAAAGCGCUUUGGCACCGGUGCUGCGGCCGAGCCUGGCUCUAGUGUUAGCGUGAAGGGUCUCGACGAGGCUCUUCCCAAUGAACGCGCUCGCAAGCGCGGCCGCAAUGAGCAGGGUGGUCGCGGAGGCAAACGACGGGAUGUUGGCCGUAACCGCAACCGCCGUGGAGAUGGCAACCAGAACCGGAAUACCGGUGGACAGAACGAGAACGGCGGGAAGAGUGCGGAGAGUGGACAGAACACGCAGCAGAGAAGCUGGGGCGAUAAGGACCGUCUAGCGAUGGAAGCUCGCAAGAAGCGUUUUGCGGCCGCCAAUUAG